AUGGCCGAACAAGCUUUAGACGCCAAAAACCAAGCCCAAUCUCCCGAGGAUACUGAGGAUCUGUCGCCGUUGCCCACCCACGCUCAGGGACCGGUCAGAAGAAGAGGAGGUAUAUCGGCCGAGCCUGUUACAGAAGAAGAUGCCACCAGUUAUGUCAAAAAAGUCGUACCAAAAGACUAUAAAACGAUGGCGGCUUUGUCCAAAGCCAUCGCCAAAAACGUCCUCUUUUCGCACUUGGACGAAAACGAACGCAGUGACAUCUUUGACGCCAUGUUCCCUGUCACUUUUCUACCUGGCGAGGUGAUCAUUCAGCAAGGCGACGAAGGAGACAAUUUCUACGUUAUUGACCAAGGAGAAGUUGAGGUUUACGUCAAUAAUGAAUUGGUAGUCACAAUAAGUGAAGGUGGCAGUUUCGGUGAGCUGGCUCUCAUUUACGGCACCCCUAGAGCGGCAACCGUAAAAGCCAAAACCGACGUAAAACUGUGGGGCAUCGACCGAGACUCCUACCGCAGAAUACUGAUGGGUUCCACUAUAAGAAAACGAAAAAUGUACGAAGAAUUCCUCUCAAGAGUAUCCAUCUUGGAGAAUCUAGACAAAUGGGAACGAUUGACAGUAGCGGACGCUUUGGAAACGUCCAGCUUCGAGGACGGCGAGACGAUUGUCCGGCAAGGCGAACCCGGCGACGAUUUUUACAUUAUUGUCGAAGGUUCCGCGCAAGUGAAGCAAAAACGGGCCGAGGGCGAGGAGCCGCGCGAAGUCGGCCGGCUCGGACCGAGCGACUAUUUUGGCGAAAUCGCUUUUGCUAUUGGAUAGACCGAGGGCGGCAACUGUAGUUGCUUGCGGUCCGCUUAAAUGUGUCAAACUUGACAGAGCCAGAUUCGAGCGAGUCCUAGGCCCCUGCGCCGAUAUCCUGAAACGUAACAUUUCUCAGUACAACAGUUUCGUUUCUUUAUCCGUCUAACCUAAACUUAGACAACAGGAUCUUUUCGAUGGGCGCCUUCUUGUACAUUAGAAAUGCGCACCCAAUUUUAACCCGAAACCAAACGUACUGAUGUAUAUUUUUGCUAUAUUUCUAAAACUUGAAAGGCGUGAACUUCAAUGUACCAGGAAUGGCCAAUUGAAAAGAACUGAAAAAAAUCGGGCCAAAAUUGUUAAGUCUUCUUGUUUAAAUUGAUCGUUAUUAUUAUUGUUUAAUCUAAUUAGAAAAAGAGUUUUAUUUAUGCAGUAAAGAAUUUAUUGGGGCGCCAUCUGUAGAAAAAUGUGCAAUUCAGAUGGUGUUUUGUAUAGGGACUUUGUAUAUAAAAAAAAUACUGAUGUUUGUGUGGUGUAUUCUCCUUCCAUCGUCGUUGCUUUUUAGUUUCAGGCAUAUAGAACCAGCUCUAAGAUUUUUGUUUUGUAAAAAUAAUAAUAAUAAUUGCUAACUUAUGUUGAUUCUAUGAAUAAAUUAUCUAUAGUA